GCUGUCUCAGGCGACCGAACAUUUAUCAUGGAUUUUGUUGCUAGGGAAACUCAGUUGUUCACGGGAGAAACAAAAAAAUCCCUCUAGUCAUUUACUGUUUACAGGUGACAGAUCGUAGAAGGUUGUAGACAGGAAGCCGUGCAGCCUCAGGAAACAACAGCAUGACGUGUAGAGAACCGUAUCCGCUUCCUAGGCUGCAGAAUGAUGACGACUUCGUCGGGCCACGCAGUGGAUUUCAGGACGAGUACAUACUACCGACACACGUGGCACAGUUGGAGAAUCCAUGGAGCCGGCUCAACACCACUAAUACACUAGCUAGUGCACGUAGAACUGUCUAUCACUGUGACCCACAGGCACCAAGAGACAGUAUAGACUUUGUUCUCAAAACCACAUAUGAUCAUCAUAACCGAUUCCAAGCCAGCCAACCGGAGACUUUGAUACAGCCAGAGACAGUUGGACUCUUACAUGGGCGGCAGCUGAAGAACAGAGCCGUGGCGGUGCCUCCGAAGGUCGUGCCCUUGAACCAUCCGCUCGUCAUUGCUGAGGUUGCCAAGCGAGAAAGCAUCCACAGCAUCAGCAACGCCAUCGAGAGUCACCACAAUGCAGCCACCAACGGUGGAUACUCCCGCAAACACGACGGAGGUUUUUACUGCCCAUAGAUGGCGGCACUAUGUCUGACACGGCAUGAAAUUAAUAUGGUUUUUAUUUAAAAUUAUUAUGAGCAAAGGUAAUUUAGAGAUUUUAUAUAAAUAUAUUACAAUAGUGCUGUUUGAAUAUAACGUUGACUGGUAAAUAUACAAUGUGAUCAUGACUUACAAGUGUAUAUACAAGUUUUAUGGUUUUAGGAUUAUACAUCUGAACUACAAUACGCAUGUGUUAUAUAUAUAAUAUAAUAAAUAUAUCAAAAAUUUUCUAUAAUUAUGAGAGAAAAUAUUUUAAUUUUGAGACUUUUGUAUUA